ACUUUGUAAUUCCUUUCUGCUCUGUCUGUCAUUCAAUUAACCACGUUCCUCAGUACCCGUGGUCUUUCUUGUUUCAUUUAAAUAUUUCAUUUAAUACCACAUUAUAAGCUUAUUUCUUAUUUCUCUUAUUAUUGUAAUAUUUUAAACUCAAUAACAAUGAAGCCACCAUACAAAAUCGCUGACGAAAAAUUGGCCGAGCUGGGUCGUAAGGAAAUAAUGCUAGCCGAAAAAGAAAUGCCUGGCCUAAUGGCUUGCCGCCAAAAAUACGCCUCAUUAAAGAUCUUAAAAGGUGCACGAAUAGCUGGUAGCCUUCAUAUGACAGUACAGACAGCAGUUCUCAUAGAAACUCUUAUUGAAUUAGGAGCAGAAGUUCAAUGGUCAAGUAGUAACAUUUACAGUACUCAAGAUGAGGCUGCGGCUGCAUUGGUGGCUGUUGGAAUUCCUAUAUAUGCAUGGAAAGGGGAAACCGAGGAGGAAUAUGUUUGGUGCAUUGAACAAACACUUGUAUUCCCUGAUGGAAAGCCAUUGAACAUGAUUCUGGAUGAUGGAGGUGAUCUUACAAACUUAGUCCACACAAAAUACCCUCAGUACUUAGAGGGUGUUAAAGGUAUCUCUGAAGAAACAACUACUGGUGUACAUAACUUAUAUAAGAUGUUCCGUGAAGGUCUUCUGAAAGUUCCAGCCAUAAAUGUAAAUGACUCUGUCACCAAAAGCAAGUUUGACAAUUUGUAUGGAUGCAGAGAAUCUCUACUUGAUGGAAUCAAGAGGGCCACUGAUAUAAUGAUUGCUGGAAAAGUUUGUGUUGUUGCUGGUUAUGGUGAUGUCGGAAAGGGUUGCGCUCAAGCAUUUAAAGGUUUUGGUGGUAGAGUAAUUGUCACAGAAAUAGAUCCAAUAAAUGCACUGCAAGCAGCCAUGGAAGGUUUCCAAGUGACAACAAUGGAUGAAGCAGCAGAAAUUGGCCAAAUAUUUGUAACCACUACUGGAAACAUUGAUAUCAUCUGCAAAGAACAUUUUGUCAAAAUGAAAGAUGAUGCCAUUGUUUGUAAUAUUGGUCACUUUGACUGCGAAGUAGAUGUAGCUUGGCUGGAAAGUAAUGCAAAGAAAGUAAACAUUAAACAACAGGUUGACCGUUAUGAACUUGAAAAUGGGAACCAUAUAAUCGUUCUUGCUGCUGGAAGACUUGUAAACUUAGGAUGUGCCACUGGCCAUUCAUCAUUUGUCAUGUCAAAUUCUUUUACUAACCAAGUUUUGGCACAGAUUGAACUCUGGACAAAACACAAUGAAUACCCUAUUGGGGUUCACACUUUGCCUAAGAAGUUAGAUGAAGAAGUUGCAGCUUUGCAUUUAGAUCAUUUAGGUGUUAAACUGACCAAGCUUUCUUCCAAACAAGCCAAGUACAUUGGAGUGCCAGUAGAAGGACCAUACAAACCAGAUCAUUACAGAUAUUGAUUUUAUUGAAAUGAAUUGUUUGUGUGCAAAUUAACAUGCAAUAAAAAAGUCAGACUUGACUGCAACUGGUCUGUGGAUAAUAGCAUAAUAUUAUCACAUAUGUAUUAACAGAAUAAAAACAAAAUAUUAAAUAUUGAA